GCCGCCCGCGCCGAGCAGCGCCGAUCCCCGUCCCCGCGAGCAGCCGGGCGGUGACCUUCGCACCGUGGCCGCGAGGAGCGGCGCGCCGGGGCUCCCUGCUGCUUCCCCGUCACGUCAUCGCCGCCGAUCUGAAAGCUCUCCUCUUUGCCUUAACCUGAGUACUAGCGUCAGUUUGUUUGCAAAUUGCAAAGCAAGAGAUUUGUUGGGGUGGGGGGGGGGGUGGGGUUCAGCUAAACCCGCAUGCCCCACGUCAGGAUUUGUUAAUCCAGAGGCGCUGUUCCCAACUUCCAGGAGAUUCAUGGUGUUCACAUACUUUUGAGGUAGUUUGGAAUGUGGCUUCAAGGGUGGUAUAAGUUGGUCAUGUAGAGGAUUGUGAUUUUUGCAGAAGCAAUUUGGUGACCUGUAUGAUGGAGGGCAACAGAGAAGAGGCCCUCAAGGCCAGGGACAUUGCUGCAAAGAAGAUGGAAAACAAAGAUUUCGAUGGUGCCAAAAGGAUUGCGCUUAAAGCACAAAGGAUAUUUCCAGAGACUGAGAACAUAUCCCAGAUGUUAACUGUCUGUGAAGUACAUUGCGCCGCAGAAGCAAAGUUAAAUGGACUAUUGGACUUUUAUGGAGUCCUCCAGGUGGAGAUAACGGCGGAUGAAGCAACCAUAAAAAGGCAAUACCGCAAGCUUGCCUUUUCACUUCACCCUGAUAAAAACAGUUUCGCCGGCGCAGAAGCUGCUUUCAAAUUAGUUGCAGAAGCUCACUCAACAUUGUCUGAUCGAACAAAACGGUGUGCAUAUGACAUCAAAUGGAGAGUUGCAUCUCGAAUUGCAUCAAAGCAGGCUUUGCAAUCAAAGCAGGCUGCACAAUCGGCACAGGCUACACGGCCAAAGCAGCAAACACAAACACCAUUGGUUACAGAGCCAAAGCAGGGCAGGCAAUCGACACAGACCACAGAGCCAACGCAGGGUACACAACCAAUGCAAGCUACUCAGCCAAAGCAUGCUACACAGUCGAUGAAGUCUAUGGAAACAAAGGCUAAGGCGGGAUAUGGAUCAUCAGUUCCAACACCCAGUGAGGGAGAGGCAUUCUGGACAAUGUGCAUUAGCUGUAAAACUAAAUAUCAAUACUACUCCAAUCUACUGAAUCGUCGAAUCCGCUGUCAGAACUGCAAAAAGAAUUUUCUUGCAUUUAAGAUAAAUGAACAGGAUGUGCCUUCUGUAUUCUCAACAAGUGCAGCCAAAAGUGCUAGACAACAGAGUGGUGUUCCCAGACAACAAGACUAUCAUAUGAAAAUCUCUUCUGCAGUGAAUAGAGAUGCAAAUCCCAUGGCUAAUGGAACACAACACGAUGAACGAAUAAAGAACAGUGUCAGAACAGGUGGUGAGGGGACAGCUAACCACACAGAUUCAUCAAUGGGAAAAGGGGGACUUGAAUUUUCAGCGUUGCAUAAAUCUUCUACAGCAAACCUUGGUGAUAAGGCAGAGGGGAAGAUGGCAUCGUGCCCUGCUAAUCCAGACAUUGCUGGUAGUAGGAUAGAUACAUCAGCAGAGCCAGGUGUGACAGAUAGUGUUAAUCCACGGAGAUCAGCUAGGAGGAAGACAAAUAGUGAUGCCAGCAACAUUCAGAAUUCAUCUGGCAAAAAGAGGCGAACCAUAUUUGAUUGGUUUUCAAAUGGUAACUCUUCUAAGAAAGUGGCUGAUGAUAAUGUUGUCCAUGCUGAUGAACAAGCUUGUGAGCCUCAUGUAGCUAGCAAAGCACACAACCCUGCGAAAGAAAGUACAAUGAAUGAAGGCAACCAGGAAAAAAAUCAAGAUGUUGCACAUGAUACAAGUGCUCAGAAGAAGCCUUGUAUUGCUGCGAACUUUAUCUAUGCAGACCCAGAAUUUUUUGACUUCGAUAGGUGCAGGGAUGUUAGUAUGUUUUCAGUUGAUCAGAUCUGGGCACUUUAUGAUGACCGUGAUGGCAUGCCACGAUAUUAUGCUCGUAUAAGACGUAUUGACCCUACCAACUUCAGAGUUCAGUUCACUUGGCUGGAGCAUGAUGCAAUGAAUGAGGAAGAGGAUAAAUGGACUGAUGAAGAGCUGCCUGUGGCUUGUGGGGACUUUUUCUUAGGAAAAACAGUGGUUUCACGAGAUGCCCUCAUGUUCUCUCACAUUGUGUCAUGGGUGAAAGGUAGAAAAAGGAGUUCAUAUCAAAUAUAUCCUAGAAAGGGUGAGGUAUGGGCUAUAUAUAAGGGUUGGAGUAUGCAGUGGAGCUCAGAUGCGGAUAACCAUAGAACCUAUGAGUAUGAAGUUGUGGAGAUCUUGUCAGAUUUCAAAUUGGAAGCUGGUGCUGCUGUUGUCCCAUUGGUAAAGAUUAAAGGUUUUGUUAGUCUCUUUGCAAAAGUAGAGGAGAAGCCAUCAUUUGUUAUACCACCAAGUGAAAUAUUGCGAUUCUCACAUAGUAUCCCAUUUUUUAGAACAAAGGGAGACGAGAAGGUAGGAGUUGCUGGUGGAUUUCUUGAGCUAGAUACUGCAUCACUUCCUAGUAACCUGGAGAUAACAUUUCCAUCGGUACCUCUUGAUUCCUGCAUGCCUGUCUGCAAAACAAGUGGAUUUGAUGAUUUGCAAGGUGCUCUGAAAGAAAAUAUGAUAAGUGGAGGUAAACAUAAAGAUCAUUCCCUUGAACGAACCCCAGCGCAUCUGCAGAGGGCUGCCAAUCCCUCUCCCAGUACUUUUUCAUACCCAAACACUGAAUUUUAUAACUUCGAAGAAUGUCGAUCAUAUAGCAAGUUUGAACGUGGUCAGAUAUGGGCGCUUUACAGUGAUCUCGACCAAUUUCCCAAGUACUAUGGUUGGGUGACCAAAGUUGAUAUGGACCCGUUCAGAGUACAUUUGACUUGGCUCGAAGUCUGCCCACAGCUGGAACAAGAGAAAAUGUGGUUAGAGCAGAAUAUACCCGUGAGCUGUGGGAAUUUUAAAAUCCGUAACUGGAGGAUCAAAUAUGACACAAACUAUGCUUUCUCUCAUUUAGUAGAAACCAGCCAAAUUGGUUGGAAACGAUACUUUGAAAUUCACCCACAAGUAGGGGAAAUUUGGGCCAUCUACAAGAACUGGGCACCUGGUUGGAUUCCUUCCAGCAAGGAUGCUUGUGAAUACAUAAUUGGUGAGAUUACUGAGCGCACUGAAGCUAGCACAAAAGUCUUACUUUUGACUCAAGUUGAUGGUUACAUAGCUGUGUUCAAGCCUGACAAUGAAAGGGGUAUUCUGGACGUACCUACAAAAGAAAACAUAAGGUUUUCUCACCUGAUACCUUCAUUCCGUCUGACAAAAGAGAACGGUGGCAAACUUUGUGGCUUCUAUGAGCUGGAUACAGCUUCAGUCCCUGACACUUUCCUGCUCAGGGGCAGCCGCUGAUUCACGAAUGCUGGCGUUGACUGUCCUGAAGAUAGUAAUUAUCUGGCUUUUUGUAUGCUCUUCCAGGGGUGUUCACGCGCCAAGCAACUGGGGUGCAAAACGAACCAUGCUAUCUUUU